CAAUCACCGGACCAAAACGAUAACAAUUUUCAACACAACGCCAAUUUCUAUCACCUCCCUCGCACGACUCGUUCCAAGCCGACAAUCAUCCAACCGUACGCCCUUUGAUGCAUGCAAUAGCUUUUCUACGCUGGUAGCAAUUGCUACGGAUCACGAUGGAGCUCCCAGAAGAAAACUUGUUUAUGCGCAAAUCGCAAAUGGCCCCUCCAAGUCGAAUUCCGUCUCCUGGCAAAGGUCUUUCUGAGAUCUCCGAAUCACAAGGAAAUGCGCGGUCGAAGCCAAUGUCGAGAUUGCCCGCGAUGCCGAAUCUCAAGCACAAGAUGAAUGGACCGCUGAGCGAACCAGAACCUAAACGCAAAACUUUGGUAGAAAGAGCAGGAGAGACUAGGUCCAUCGCAGCUCCCACACCAAGCUCACGCGCUGUUGUCAAAACUACCACUCUCGUCGGUGCAGGAAAGUCAAUGUCAAAUCUAGGACUCAGUCGAAAUCCAUCCUUUUCCUCAUCCGUAUCAUCAUCGCGCACACCGUCUGUAUCAUCCCGACAUACUUCCAAUGGCAGCUUCUCGAGCAGUGUUGGACCAGGUGGUCGACCACAAACAUCAAUGUCUUUCAACCAAUCUACCUCCAGACGCCCAGCAUCCGCCGCUCCAAAGUCACGCCCAGCAACAGCGAUGGAUAAUCAUUACAACGACCCGGGUAUGCGACCCUUGAAUUCAUUUACGUCUUCCUUUCCGUAUAUCCAAGAAAAGUCAGGUCUACAAAGCAAGAAGUUACGGGCGCCAAAAUCAUUACAUUCAUUGAGGUCUCAACCAUCGAUGGGAAAGAUUAGGGAGGUUUCCGUCAGCACAGCCAUGAGUAGGCUCUGUCUUGAUGGAGAAGUUAGCCCGCGCCAGCGGCACGAGUAUCAAGCGAUCUCAAACAUGAGACCACCACCAACAACAAAACUAUCCCACAAGCCUUCGAUCAAUACGGGCAUGCGGAAUUUGAGAUUAGACAGCGGUGAAAUGGCUCUCGUCCUGUACGAGUCUCCCGGAGACAGCUUAGUAGCUCCGCAGACUCUAUCUCAUAUCCCAGUGUCUUCCAAGGCGGAUGCAUAUUUCUCUCCUGUCACACCCUACAGAACUCCAAGACCAUCCCCCCACAAAACUCCAUAUUUGACAAAAGGUUCUAACAUACCUGCAUUUACAGCUUGGGAUGUCCAUAACCGCCUGGAGGACGUGGAGGCGAUGUAUGCCGAGCUCAAACAAAGCAUGCAAAGCACCAGCUCAGAACGUAACGGUCUCGAAGAAGCCGUGGCUGUCUACAAAGCAAGAAUUGCUGAGCUCGAGACCCUCAGAUUGCAGCUAUCCUCAGCCAACAAGACCUUGCAGAGUGAUUUGGAUGAAAUGAAGUUGAAAGCGGAUUCACUUCAGCAAAGACUGCUAACUACAACUACUAGUCUCGACGAUCAGAUGAGAACCCAGCGCAUUGAAGUCGAUGAUGCCAAGAGAAACCAUCGCAACGAACUCGACCAACUCCGGAGAGACAAUGUCGAUGAGGUUGACCGUCUUCUUCGUCUGCAUCGUGAUGAGUUGCGUGAACUCGAGCGUAAAUCAGCCAUGGAGCUUGACGACAGGUUGAGAGAACUUGAGCGACGCAAUGAAGCCAAGCUGGAGGAAGAGCGAAGCCGAAGACUUCGCGAAGUUCAAGACCUUGAAUCCAGAAUAGCUUCCGAAAGUCAAAAUCUGGAUUUGGCGCUGCAGAAGAAGGAUCGUGAGAUUCAGAAUAUGAGGGGCGACCUUGAAGAUAUCAGAGGAGAGCUGGAUCGAGAACAAACGUUGAAAGGCAAUCUUCUCCAAAACUUGGAGGAAUUGAAAGCCAAGUCCCAAAAAACAGGUGCUGAGACAUCUUCGACAAUCCAAUCGUUGGAAAGCACAGUUGCGAGUCUUCGAGCGCGAAUCCACUUCCUCGAAUCCGGUAGCAAGGCCCAGUCCGACAGCUUUGCGGAGAUGGAAGCAAGACUACAAGAAGCUGUGAAGUCUGCCGAGGUAUCGAAGCAGAAGCUCAUCAAAGAGGAAACCCUGCGCCGUCUUCUCUUCAACCAAGUUCAGGAACUCAAAGGCAACAUCCGUGUUAUGUGCAGAGUUCGGCCUGUGUUCAACACUGGUGCAGAAGGGGAAGUUGCCAAGCUAUCCUAUCCGGAUGUUGACAAGGAGUCCAAAGAGCUUGAGAUCCUUGGCAAAGAGGAAAAGAGCAGCUUGGGAAAUAUCACCAGGAAGAAUCACUCGUUCACCUUCGACCGGGUAUUUGGGCCAGAAAGCCAAAACCAAGAAGUGUUUGAGGAGAUCUCACAGCUUGUACAAAGCGCGUUGGAUGGUUACAAUGUUUGCAUUUUCUGUUAUGGCCAAACCGGAUCCGGGAAGACGCACACGAUGUCCUCAGCCGACGGAAUGAUUCCUCGGGCUACUCAUCAAAUCUAUGAGACUGCAAGCAACCUGAAGGAGAAGGGAUGGACAUAUACUAUGGAGGGGAGUUUUGUGGAGGUUUACAACGAGGAGAUCCAUGAUCUGCUUGGGAAUUCGAAAGACCUCGACAAGAAGAAGCACGAAAUUCGACAUGACGACUCCAAGAAGCAGACUUAUGUCACUGGUUUGAAAACUGUCAAUCUUGACUCUCCAGACACCGUUGAGACAAUGUUAAAACAGGCCGCAAAUAACCGAAGUGUGGCAGCAACCAAAUCUAACGAGCGUUCAUCACGUUCUCACUCUGUGUUUAUUUUGAAACUCAUUGGAAGGAACAGCACCACCAAUGAGACUUCUGAAGGUACCCUUAACUUGGUCGAUUUGGCUGGUUCCGAGAGACUGAAGCAAUCUGGGGCUGAAGGAGAUCGGAUGAAGGAAACCCAGAGCAUCAACAAGAGCUUGAGUUGUCUCGGAGAUGUCAUUGGGGCUUUGGGUCAAGGCAAGGAAGGUGCUCAUAUUCCGUAUCGGAAUUCAAAGUUGACAUACUUGUUGCAAUACUCGUUGGGUGGUAACUCGAAGACUCUCAUGUUUGUCAUGGCAAGCCCACUUGAGGCUCAUCUGACCGAAACAUUGACGAGCUUGAAGUUCGCGACGAAGGUACAUAACACACACAUUGGCACUGCAAAGAAGUCAACGAAAGUUCGUGAACGAAACAGCGAUUAGUGAUUUGACAUGAAGCGCGGUGUGGUAUUGUGAGACUAUCAUUUUUGGCUGGCGUUCCAAAGCAUUGGGAAUUCUCCAAUCAGAAAUGAACCUUCAAUUAUUGAAGAGUUCAAUGGCGUAUGCUUGUUGGCUACACAAAGGACGGGGUAAUGUUGUUCUGUUGUAUUCAUAGGUGUUUGGAGGGGCAUUUGGGAUACCUCCUUUCUUAGGAUGAAUGAAAAAUGUUUAUGAUUAAGGUGGCUGUCCUCAUUCGCUAUUUGUAAUUAUCCUGACUUUCUGAUGAAAUUUGGGUUGGAAGAAGGGCCAGUGUUCCAUGGUACGCGCGAAUUGGUGAUCAUGCCAAAGCCAAUCUGGUAUACUGGGGCUGCCCUCUCC